CAGUGGCUGGUACUGCGUGUUCUAGAGUGGUCCCUUGUAUCGUUGGUUUCUAAUACAUUUGACAUUGUCAAGAGUUGACAGCCGUAAGUAUGCAAGCAGAAUCGGGAAUAGUACCCGACUUCGAGGUUGGGGAAGAGUUUCAAGAGGAACCAAAAACAUAUUACGAAUUGAAGAGUCAGCCUCUCAAAAACAGUGACCCAUCCGACCAGCAUGGCUCCUCCAAGCCUCUGCUGAGCUCCUCAGCCAUGAGCUCCAGGAUCCUGUUGCGCCAGCAGCUAAUGCGGGAGCAGCUCCAGGAACAGGAGCGCAGAGAGCAGCAGAGACAGCAGGCCUCCCAGUACCCCCAGACCACCACUGCCCAGACCCCUGCCAUCAACGUCAGUGCACCCCCCAGCCUACCACCUGCCGCCCAGUUGCCCAUGGAGGUGCUCAAGGUCCAGACACACCUGGAGAACCCAACCAAGUACCACAUACAGCAGUCCCAGCAGCAGCAAGUCAAGCGGUACCUGGGCAAGCUUGGCUCCCAAGUGGUAAGCUUGCCCUGCCACAACCAGCCCUCGGACCACGGGGGCAUGCCUCCGGGGCCGGGCAACAGUGCCCCAAACAGCCCUAUGGCCUUACUGACCCUCAACUCUAACUGUGAGAAAGAGAUGGAUGAUGUCAUUGAUGACAUUAUUAGUUUGGAGUCCAGUUACAAUGAUGACAUCCUGGGGUUGAUGGACCCAGGGCUUCAGAUGGCCAGCACGAUCCCUGUGAAUACCAACUUGUUAGACAUGUAUGGGAACCAGGGCAUGCCCCCUCCAGGGCUGACCAUCAGUAACUCUUGUCCUUCCAACCUCCCCAACAUCAAAAGGGAAUUAUCUGUUUCCCAAUCUACAGCCAUCAUGCACAUGAUGGACAAGUCUGGAUCCUGUGGCAAGUUUGAAAACUAUAUAAGGCCUGAAGGGUUUCCCGUAGAAUCUGAGUUUAGAGCACAAGCAAAGGAGAGACAGAAGAAGGACAACCAUAACCUGAUUGAGAGAAGAAGGAGGUUUAACAUCAAUGACAGGAUUAAAGAAUUGGGAACCCUAAUUCCGAAAUCGAAUGAUCCGGACAUGCGUUGGAACAAAGGAACCAUUCUCAAGGCAUCUGUGGACUACAUUCGGAAGCUACAGAGGGAGCAGCAGAGGGCUAAGGAGCUAGAGAACAGGCAGAAAAAGCUUGAACAUGCCAACCGACACCUGAUCCUCAGAAUACAGGAACUAGAGAUGCAGGCGCGGGCUCACGGUUUAGGCAUGAAUGCCUCAGCUCUUUGUUCGGCAGUCAUGUCUACCCAGACCAUCAAGCAGGAGUCUGCUAUGGGAGACCUGUACCCCCUCCACAGCCAACACCAGCACCAUCCAGCCUGCACUUCAGACCCAGCUCCUCCCACUCCUCUUGAGCUCACUGAGGGCUCGUCCACUCACACAGAGAACCAGCAGUCUAUCACAGGCCACCAAGGCACCUACAUCGUUCACACCAAGGUGGCCACUAAGCUCAGCGACAUCCUUAUGGAGGACACCCUGUCACCGGUGGGAGGUCGAGACCCUUUGCUCUCCUCUGUAUCCCCUGAAGCCUCUAAGGACAGCAGUCGCAAGAGCAGUAUAAGCAUGGAGGAGAACGAUCAGAGCUGUUAGCACCCUCUACUGGUAAAAAAAUGUAAAUAUUUAUCUACAUCCCUCCGCAGACAACCUUCCCAGCUGCCAGAGAGGAAACACCUGCCUGUUGUUGUUUUCGGGUGUUUACAUGUUUUUCAUCCCUAUUCUUUGGCUAUUAUCUGCUGGCCCUCAAACACAUUUUCAUGGACAGAUUUGAAGAAUUGAUGAUUUAUGAUGAUAAAGAGUUGAGGAAUGGUAUUGAUAUCCAAAUCCACCAGACAGUAAUUACAGUAUGUAAGUUAUUCAGGUUUGAUUGACAUAUUUAUAUUAAUCCAAAGAAUCUCUCCAUUUUUUUAAUCAAAUCUGUAGAUAAUUGAAAGGUGUAGGUGUAGACCAUAUUUAUUUAUUUUGUGCUUACACUCUGUGUCUUAGAAUAAACUUGAAUGUGCAAAUGCCUUAGAAAAAAUAUUUCAGAACUCAGAUUUACAAUUCAAAUAAUCUAACAUGGAAAGAUAAGUACUGUACACCUUGUGCACACACACACUCACACACAAACACACACAUACACAUACACAAACUAAUGUAGAUGGAGACACCAUUGAUCAUGAUUAAUGGAUCAUGAUUUAUUUAUUUCACUAGUUGUUUUCUCACAAUAUUUGUAUGUGCCUAAUACAAAAUGCAAGAUUGAAUCUAGGAUUAUUUUGUUUAGUCCAUUUUGCUUUAAGUGGUCUCUUGGUGGUUCAAUAUAAUUAAAUACUGUGUCAUACUGCACAGCAUGUGCUGUACUGUCAGUCUAGAAGUAGAAACGCUACUAUUAUUUCAGCGUAAAAUGCAAUAUUUAUGAAACUUUUUUUCUGUUGCAAUCACUCACUAAGAAUUGUAUCUCCUAGGAAGAACGUUUUAUUUUGUACUUUUUUCCAUCCAUUUACUAAAUUAUUAUUGUUUUGUUACACUUGUCAUUAUUUGCCUGUCCAACCAUUUUUGGGGAUGAGAGAUAUUCAGGAUUUUUUUCAACUAUGUGAACAUUUAUAUUGCCAAGGAAUAUAAGGAGAUUGCUGUGGGAUUUGUCAUGUAUGACAUUGUCAAAACACUGGAAUGAUGUCCAUAAAUUGAAUUGUGGGUUGACAAUUUUUAUAUAUAUAUAUAUACAUGCUAACGAUUAUGUUUAGGGUAUUCAAAUGCAAGAAAUGUAUUGUAUGAUUGAUUGUAGUUAAAAGUAACAAUAAGCUGUACUGUUAAUGUAUUAUUUCUACUAUUUAACAAAAAGUACUAAAAUAUGCCUUUUAUAUAAUAACAACUAUCUACCAUACAAUGUUCCGCUGUAUUGAGAGCAUGAUUAUAGUGCAACCUUGAACUAUGCAAUGAUAACAGUUGCAGUAGCUCAGUAUUGUGCCUGUUUUACAGGUCAUUAGACACAUUAGGUUGGUGCUCUGUGGUGUUGUAAUGAUGUGUCAAGCGCCUAGAAUAGUGAUAGACCGUUAAAGUGCCUUACAGUCUUUUCUCUUUCAAAUACACACUAGAGGACUGUUGGACACUGGUGUGAUGUUGUUCUUGUAGUUGUCUCCCACCAGUGUUUGGUAUUUAGUAGAGCUCUGCUGAGCUGUGAGCUCCCUAAGGGAGGCAGUGGCAAAUGUGUUUUUUUGUCAGAGUGGAUAAGACCACUUCACAGCACCCCGAGUCCAACAUCUAACAGGACUGCAGAAAACGCCAGCCAUUUUACUGAGAAACAUUUGAUGCUAGAAAGCAAUAUUCCCACUGUUACAGAAUAUCCACUUCUCUUUUGCUUACUCAUGUUUUACUUAAUGGGUUGAUGGGUGAUGUAAAAGGGGUUUUAUAGAGAUAAGUGUUUUCUUGGAAUGUAAUUUACAGUGUUGACUGCCAAAAUUUGUUGCCAAAAUCAAAGUGAAGUAUGCAAAGAAGUUGUGUUUUCUGACAGCUUAGCUAAUGUCGUAAAGUUGUGAACUUGUGUUUUUUAUGUAAUUAUAGAGCAAUAAUUUCAGAGUAGUGUCAAUCAGUCUGCCGGUAAAGCACAAAGUACACUUUCAAGUGAUGGAUGUAACAGGAGUUUUUCUGCAGGAGUUGGAUUGCAGACUGGCCCUCGUGGUCAGAUGUUUCCCAGGUAUUUGUCUAGCCUUUAUAAUGAUCCCAACAGAGUUCUUAUUCCUACUUUCUUCCCUUAGACAAGCCCAGGACACGUGACAACAGGACUAGGAUUGAUUUGUCUUUUUAGACAAAAUAAUUGUUAUGCAUAGAAUCUCCACAAGGAGCACAAUGGUGCUGAAGCUCUUCAUUCAGUUUUUGGUUUUAGUCAUACCAUGUGACACCAUGCCCCAUAAUGGAACCAUGAUGAAUUAAUGUACAAGUUCUGCAUUCCUGUUCAAUGGUGUAGAUACAUACAGUGUCUGCUGAGAUUAUUAUUUUCCUAUGAGCACAACUCUUGCCAGGGGAAGUGGAGGUAGCGAUGGAAAUAUACUGGUUUGGAAUGAGUCAGUGAGCCCAACUGAAACUCAUUGGAAUUGAAUGUUGAAACUUUUGUGCAAGACAUUAAAGUUAUAUCUGAGUA